AAUCAGACGACAUUUCCAGUGCGAGUCUUCAAGCUGUUAGGGGUGGAGACUCUGAUUGUGACAAACGCAGCCGGUUCAUUGGCUGACGGCCUCCGACCCGGUGACAUCAUGAUCAUUAAAGACCACGUUAACUUCCCCGGGCUGGUCUGCAUGAACCCACUGUUCGGACCCAACGACGACAAGUUCGGACCUCGUUUCCCGGCGAUGUCUGGUUGCUAUGACAAAGGUCUGCGCAGCUCAGCGAUGGAAAUCGGGAAGCAGCUGGGCGUGUCCGAGCUCAUGCAGGAGGGCGUGUACGCCAUGGUGGGGGGGCCCAACUUUGAAUCCAUCGCUGAGGCCCGGCUGCUGCACCAACUGGGAGUGGACGCUGUCGGUAUGAGUACAGCUCCUGAGGUUCUCGUGGCGGUCCACUGCGGUCUGAGGGUGUUCGGCCUCUCUCUGAUAACCAACAAG